UCAGCGACGUCUACGGGAGCUUGACUUCACUGAUUGUCCCCGCCCUCUCCCAACGUGAGUUGGAUCGAUACGGCUACAAUAUCUCUGCUGAUUCUCAACUGCCUCGUUGCAGCUGAGCUCACUUCCCUUCUGCCCUCUGGUGGCUUGGCAAGAAGCAUGGCUCAUCUGGCUAUAUUCUUCAUCGUUGUCCUGAGCCGCGUUCUCUUGGCCAUCUUCAAAGCUCUGAUGAUCGCGCUACUUCUCUUUGGAGCAUUGUCAUCACGGCUCUUCCGUGCCGCGCUGAACAAUCUCGGUGGCCGGAGGAGGUACUCUAUCUUUUCCGCCAUGAUCGACGAGCAAGAAGAAUUCGAAGUCGAGGCGCUGCUUCCGAUGGAAGCGAUGUCUCAGGAGGUGGGGAAUGGGUUCCGGCGUCUCGCGAAGCAAAGGUAUAUAACCGAGCCUGAAGAUCAAUCAUCUUCGACCACUUGGUCUAAUUCGAGAGCUGAAAGGUGUACGCACCAUCUCUUACGCUACACUUCGAUCAACCAUCGGAGAGCAAGCACUGACCGCAUGUCUUCACCAUCCUUUGAAUCGCCCAUGAGGUGCCACCCCGCAGCUCAUCUGCAUGACUUCCACCACCGCGACAUGCAGACUAUGACCCACCCAUACAAUACGCACCAGCUCUAGUCACCACAUUGAUUAUGUUGAGACUGUCAGAUACUUG